AUGAAGACUCUUCAUUUCCUAAUUUCACUCUUUUUACCUUCCUUCGUUUUCAUUUCUCUUGUGUUGUCCUUUCCCCUUCCUCAAGUUGAUCUCUCAAAGCAAUGCCUUGAUGACCAAAAAUCUCCUCUGAUGCAAUUGCAACAUCAUCUUUACUAUGCCCCUAAUUUUACUUUCUCUUCAAAUUUUGACCUUUGGGAUCUCAACACUGAUUAUUGCUCUUGGGAAGGAGUCACUUGUGAUGCUUAUGGUCAUGUCGUUGGCAUUGAUCUUAGCUACAAAAACCUUUCAGGCAGCUUUCACUCCAUAUUCAAUCUCCAUCAUCUUCAACACCUUAAUCUUGCUGGAAACAACUUUAAUACCACUCUGUUUUCAUAUGGGUUUGAUAAACUCCAAAAUCUAACCCAUCUCGACCUUUCAAGUUCAUGUUUCUACGGCCAAAUUCCAAUGAAGAUCUCACACUUAACAAGGUUAGUCUCUCUUGACCUAUCUUAUCAAGAUGAUUGCUAUUGGAGAUAUUACAAAGUUCUCUACCCUGGCUUCUACAACUAUUUUUCAUUGCCUUACGAACUUCAACGGCCCCUCAAAUUAGAGAAACCAAACUUCAAGACAUUAAUCAAGAAUUUGAGGUUUCUCACGGAGCUUUAUUUGGAUAGUGUUGACAUUUCAACUCAAAGUACUAAAUGGUGUGAAACCACAUCUCUUGUACUAUCCAACCUGCGUGUGUUGAGCCUGUCAAACUGUGGUUUGAAAGGUCCAUUAUGUUCUUCACUCUCAAGACUUCCUUUUCUUUCCAAACUUAUCCUUGAUGGGAACCCAAUCUCUUAUUUACCUCCCAAUUUCUUGGUAAAUUCCUCUCGUUUGGUUUCUCUCAGUUUAGUGAAUUGCAAUUUGAGUGGCCAUUUUCCAACUCACAUUCUCUUAUUGCCAAAAGUUCAAAGCAUUGACAUUUCAAGCAAUGAUCGACUUAUAGGUCAUUUGCCAGAAUUUUCAUCGAACAAUUCAUUACAGAGUUUGUCGCUUUUGUAUACAAAAUUUAGUGGAAAACUACCUCAAUCAAUUGGAAAUCUUAAGUUCUUGACAGACCUAACUAUUACUUUUUGCAAUUUUUUUGGACCCAUUCCAUCAUCAAUUGCAAAUCUUAGUUCCCUGGUCAACCUAGAUCUAGCAGGAAACAAGCUUUCUGGAUCAAUACAUUCUUCUUUAUUUACUCUUCCAUCAUUAAAGUCCUUAUCACUUUCAGAAAAUCAAUUGGUUGGGAAAAUUGAUGAGUUCCCCAAUGCAUCUUCUUCUUUGAUUCAAGAAUUAUAUAUAGGCAAUAAUUAUUUAACAGGACCAAUCCCGAAGUCAAUCCUUCAACUUCCAUGGCUUGAACGGCUUUUUAUUAGAGGCAAUAGCUUUAGUUCCGUGAAGCUUGACAUGUUUAUCCAACUCAAGAACUUAAGGUAUCUCAACCUAAACAAUAUAAGCUUGUUAAGUGAAAGUGGCAACGGAAGUCUUCCUUUUCCCCAAUUAGAGAGCCUAAGGCUAAGGUCAUGCAAUCUUACUGAAUUUCCAGAAUUCAUCCAAACACAAGACAAGUUGGUUGAGUUAGAUCUUUCUGGCAAUCAUAUCCAUGGUGUUGUGCCUAAUUGGUUGUGGAAGAGCACUCUUUUAUCCUUACACCUUUCUUUCAAUGUGAUUGAUUUUCCAAAACAGCUUCCUUUAAAUGAUGCAAACUUCUUUUUCCCAAUGUUAACGGAAUUGUUUCUGGAAUCCUGUAAUGUAAGUGCGUUUCCAGAGUUCUUAAAGAGUCAAGAAAAUUUAGAAUAUCUCGUCCUUUCAAAUAAUAAAAUAAGUGAUGCAAUACCAAACUGGGUGUGGAAGAAACGUUUGCGUUAUCUGAAUCUUGCAAAUAACCAUCUCUCAUCUUUGGACCAACUUUUACCUGACCAGAGUUCAACUUCUUCACAAACCUCCUUACCUAGACCAAUUUGCAAUUCAAGUCAACUUAUGUUUUUCAACGCAUCUCAUAACAAUUUGGGCGGCCUGAUUCCAAAUUGCUUAGGCAAAAUGAAUGCUCUUAAUUUGUUGGAUCUGCAAAGGAAUAACUUCAGUGGAAUGUUACCAAAAUUUUCAAAAGCAACCCAACUACAAAUUCUCAAAGUCAGUGAGAAUAGAUUGGAGGGGAAGUUGCCCAGAUCAUUAGCGGAAUGCACUCAGCUUGAAGUUUUGGAUGUGGGGAACAACAUGAUGAAUGAUACAUUCCCUUUUUGGUUGGAGAAAUUGCCUGCGCUAAAGGUUCUCAUUUUGCGGGAAAACAGAUUUUAUGGUCAAAUGAAACAUUUCAAGCAUAAAUCUCUUUUCCCAAGUUUGGAUGUGUUGGACAUUGCGUCAAACCAGUUUUCUGGUGAACUAUCCAUCGAUUUCCUUCAAUCCACUCAACUAAGGUCACUCAAAAUAGGUGGAAAUAAAUUGGUAGGGAGGUUGUCGAGAUCAUUAGCCAAUUGCACAGCACUUGAGGUUCUGGACCUUGGAAAUAAUAUGGUUCAUGAUACAUUCCCAUUUUGGUUAGAGAAGCUGCCUUCCUUGCAGGUUCUCAUUUUGCGAGCAAACAGAUUCUACGGUACAAUUACAAAAUUUGACACGGAACGUGGGUUCCCAAAGCUACGCAUAUUGGACAUUGCUUCCAACAAUUUUUCAGGUGACUUGUCCAUUGAAUUUGUGCAAAGCUUGAAGGCAAUGAUGCAGAUAACAAAUGACGACAAAGCUAAGCUGGAUUACAUUGGAGAGAAUUAUUAUCAAGAUUCUGUAACAAUUUUCAACAAAGGGAUUGAGCUGUUUUACCAGAAAAUCUUAACCACUCUUACUUGUCUUGACCUUUCCAACAAUAGUUUCCAUGGGAGAAUACCAGAAGAAAUACAAAUGCUGAGGUCACUCAGAGUGAUGAACUUAUCCAACAACGGCUUCUCUGGUGAAAUCCCAUUAGCACUUCAAAAUCUAAAAGAUCUCGAAUCUUUGGAUCUCUCACAAAACAAACUUUCAGGGAAGAUUCCUCCACAGCUUACAACUCUAACUUUCCUAGAGGCACUGAACUUGUCUUACAACCCACUUGAAGGGAGCAUCCCGCAAGGCAACCAAUUCAGUACAUUUUCAGAUGAUUCUUACCGUGGGAAUCCAAAAUUAUGCGGUCCGCCAUUGUCCAUGAAAUGCAAUGAAGUCGGUCUUCCAGUGCCUGCGGCUCCAGGGGAAGAGAAACAAUCAUGGUUAUAUGCUAUGUCUACUUGGAAAAUUGUUUUGAUAGGUUAUGGUAGUGGUUUGGUGGUUGGGCUAUGUAUCGGAUAUACAGUGCUGAAUGAGUUGGGAAACAAAUGGGUUGACAAGUUCAAAAAACAUGGGAAAAGAAACAAAAGAAGAGCUAGGUGA